AUGGUGCAACGUGCCGACGGGGGUGUUCCAUUGGGUCCUGCUGAAGAUACACAGGGGGACCUCUUGCCUCCGCAUAGAGCGCCCUCGGGCACCGGCCCCCCAACUCCCGAGCCUCGGGAGGUCCUGGGACCCUCUCUCUCCUCCAACCCCUUUCCGGCAGGAUAUGAACUCCUAGGGGUUUUGGGAACCUUGGAUGAAGCCCGUGAGGUCGAAGCUGCUGCAGCUGCUGCAGCAGAUUUCCCUGUGGGCAGCCCACACUGCAAGGCCCCCAGCAGCGCUGGGGCUCAUGAAUCCCCUCUUUCUUCCUUUGAGCAGUGGAUGCGUCCGAUUUACGGGGAACUCGCCCAGCCUUUUGGGGGGACAAGGCGCUGGGAAGCGAGCCCCCCGGGGGACUCCCCUCCCUCAGAGGCGCCUCUGGGUGUAGGUGAGGAUUCCUGCUCCCUACCAGACGGCGAUACUCCAGAGAGAAACCGAGGGCCCUUGCCUUUGUCGGAGGCGCACUCCUGCUGGCAUCCUUCUGCUUCUGCCUCCUCCCCUUGCGCACUGUCUUCUCAAGAGGAAGGCUUGGGGCACCCCGAAGAGGGUUUGCGAAACUUCCCUUCCGAUGUUGAAAGGAGCCCCGGGGCCCGCAAGAUUUGCCCUUCCACCUGCGAAGAACCUGUGCCGACACAUCCGGCGGACGCAGCCGGCGCUAGGUUUUCUAGAGCGCAGCAGGAGGACGCUACUGUGUCCAUGGGGCCUCCUUCUGUGCCAAUUCAAGCUCGUUCUGCUCCUGCAGGAUCUACUAGUAGCCCUGCUUUUCCUGACCCCUCUGUGCUCGCUCCUGGGGGACCACGAGUUACAGGAACGGUUCCAGCAGGCGUUGCGAGGGGAGAGGAAGAAGGUCCUCGGCGUCCUUGCUUGGUGCUGUUGGACUUAGACAACACGCUGAUUCCUACAGGGUGGAUAAUGGCAUGUUGGCGCAAAGUGCAGCUGUACUUUGGGCUGCAGCAAGCUGUGGCUUGCAUCCGUAGGGGCCUCGAGCAGGCGGCGCUGGUGGAGGCAUUGGAAGCCCUCUUUGACGACCUGCGGAAGCUGAGGCAGCGCCGACACACGCAAAUUGUCAUUGUCACCAACGCGGGCCUGAGAACUGUUCAGGAGUUCUAUCUACGUCUCUGCCUCCCCGAGCUCAAAGAACUCUGCGACAGGGAAAAGGUGUACAUACACUCCACAGAACACUUCGCAGGACGCGUUGGCCCAAUUCCGCCUAUGGCAGAAGAGGAAGCCUUCUGCGAAUUCUACACUGCACUCAAGUACCAUGAAUUUGACUUCGUUGUGCAGCGAUACCUCAAUGCGCUGCUUCGGCAAACUCCCAUCCCUCUGCAGGGGGCACUACACACAGAGGAGGCAGGGUCCUCUGUAGCUAGUGGCGAGGGCCCUUACGGGGGCACCUAUGAGGGCCCCCAAAAAGAACGUGGGCCAUGUUCUCCACACAGACGGUCUGCGCCUCCUUUCUGCAAGCGCGCGCGCACUGCUGUGCACUCAGAACCCCCCCUAAAAGCUGAUUGUAGCAGCAGCAGGGGGUCUGGACCUGAAGGCUGCAAGUGGUGCAUUGCUGAGGGCUCUGAUUUGCAGGCCGGCUCCAGUGACAUUCACGGGGCACCGUUGACGGUGCCUUCCCGCCGCUCUCGUGGCAAAGCGGAAACUGAAGAGACCUGUAGUUCGCGACCGCAACCUCUGAAACAGCCGAUGCUGCAGCUGCAAGACCAGCAUAUGGAGCCAGGAUCAUCUGCACCAUGCCUGUGCUACUGCCCUCGUCCCCCAGAAGCGCAGGUCUCAUCAAGCACAUCAACGGCGCAAGUGGAAGCAGCAUUACAAACACCACAAGCAACAGCAGGAGGACCAGCAGCAGUAGCAUCAGGAGAGAUAGGGGGAGGUUCUUCGUGUGUUGAUUCCUCUGUUUGUGCUUCUGGUGGAGGCAGGGCUCGACUAAGUCUGCAAAGCCAGCUAGAGGCUGCAAAGGCAGCUGCAGCAGCAAGUGCAUCAGCAGCAGGAGCCGCAGCGCCAACCGGAGGAGAAGUGCCAGGGAUGGCGGAGGUGUGUGCGGUUGAGGGCAGUCCAUUGCCUUCCCCAAGCCACGUCAAAUUCGCCAAACUCCUGUUCUUACGGGAUCCACUCGACCCCCGAUUCGCCGCUCAGACACCCAUGCGAUUCAUAGCUCAACUGAACGAGUUACAUGCAUCUCUGAUGCACGUAAUUUCGUGCGAUGAAGAAACCCUCGAUGCCCAAGGACAACCCCAGUGGGUGAGAAGGGGCUGUUUCUCUCAACUCUCCGUUGUGGCCCCUGAGAGGCUGGAGGCCCCUCCGCGGCACUGCUCUGCCGCUCGCGUCCGUCAUGCCUUCGAGUUUCUGCGCAAGAGGCGUACACCCGCCAGCAGCAGCACCAUAGGCGUCAGCAGCAGCAGUUGCUCAGACUGCAGCAACCGCAAAGCAGAAGAGAUCACUGCAGAACCCUCUCAACCACCUCAGGAAGCAACAGCAGGCGCCACCCAGGCUGUAAGCAAGGUAGGAAUGCCUCUCCCGGGGGAAGCAGCAGCAGUGUUACCAACAACAGCAGCAGCCGCAAAAAUAGCAUGCAAAAGACAAGGUCGCUCGUACGGUCUUUCAUGCCCCAGAGAAUGGGAACGAAACGCAGUUGCCAACCCUCCAAGCCGCCCCUCUCCCCCACCGUGCUGCGCCUUUCACAGUGAGGAGCUGCAGCAGACGCUGCAACAGGAAAAACAGGAGGCUGCCGGCGAAAGUGAGGGCAUACGCAACUCCUGUCAGCAGCAACAAAGCUCAAGCCCGUAG